AUGUCUCAGCACGAAUUUGUUGCUUCCUAUAUUAUUAAAGAAGACCGGAAACGCCUGAGGCCAGCUUCAAUCUAUAAUAUAGAGCUGCCUACUAGCGACAAUGUGCUGUCCGGAACAUCCCUCGUCGAGGGACUUCUUGGCAAGGACUUGUCAGAAAACGGAAACCGUCCCGCAAUCCCGCGUGAAGUGCGAAUGCGGAAUCAUAUAGCUGCAUACCUUGAUACCCUUACUACCCAGCAGCUUUCUUGCUAUGAAAACGCGACAAUCCGUGAUUUCGCGUCCCUUCGCCAUUGGCGGGUUCAUUGUAUGAACAAGGAAGAUACGUCUUAUACCUUCGAAUACAUCAAAUAUCAACGGAAAUGGGUUCGCCCUAUCCUGAUCGUGAGCUGUAAUAGCCGAGAAUGGGAUCGCAAAGCAAAAUUGCGCGAUCACCAUCGUGAUAUGCUAAUUUGCGGGAAGAAUCUUGAAAAAUACGCGUCGAGGGACCGGCAGCAAAUCGAGGGCUAUGACUAUGUUCAAUAUUAUAUUGUUCGAAUCGCCGAUUCCUUGGGCCAGAAGUGUUUCUACGCUAUCCAAGGUGAUGGCCACCUCUGCGUGAACCAAAAGCUCCAUCAAAUCGUCGAGUUCAAAGCGUUGAACAAGCGGCGAAAAAGCCGAAUCAAGAAAUGCCAUGCGUAUGACCAGCCUUUUAUCUCAACUUUUGUAGCACUGCACGACAUGGGGAAGAUUGAGGUCGUUGGGCUUUUAAAAGCAGCCACUGAUGAAACAAAGAAAGUAUUAGAUAAAGCCGACCAAGAAUUUGAUCAAAUGGUGCAACAUGUUGAAGAGAAAUUUGUUGACGGCAUCAAAAACUUGCUAUUUACUUCCGGGAAGAAUUUCAUCACAUGGACGGCAAAUUCCGUGCUGGGCACGCAGGGCAAU